AUUCGCUCCAGCACUGCGAUGACGAUGACUACGCUUGCUCUCUGCCUGCUGGCUUGUAGUCACCCUGGCAUAAAUGGAUAUCCAGCCAAGCCUGCCAGCCCCCGCGAAGGCGCACCACCUGAGGAGCUCGCCAAAUAUUAUUCUGCACUAAGACACUACAUCAAUCUCAUUACAAGACAGAGGUAUGGGAAAAGAGACACCCCAGAUACUGUAUUUACAGACGUGUUGAUGAGGGAGAGCACAGAGAGUAUUCCAGGAUCAAAUUAUGUCAGGUUUGAUGGGCUGCCACUUUGGUGAUGCUGCUGGAGCUGUCAUAUCCACACUGACUUUACCACAAAUCUGCUGCCGUGUCUGUUACUGACAAGAAAUUAAUUUGUGCUGCA